AUGGACAUGAUGUCGGCAGGGACGGCCUCAUUCGUCGCGGCGUCCGGCUCGGACGUCCACUCCAACCUCAGCUCGACCUUCGCCGCAACCUCUUCCUCGUCCUUGGGCUCCUUAACCGACUACAACACCUACCCUCUCACGCGACAAGGCGAUCGUACCUACCUCCGCGACCCCGACAACCUCUAUCCUCUCCCAUGCGACCUCCCCGAGAUCCACCGCCAGAGCCUGCGCACCAUGAUGCUGCUGCGCGUCUUUGGCGGCCCGUUUUGCAACCCCCACCUGGCCAAUCGCCCGCCCAAGCGCGUCCUGGAGAUCGCCUGCGGGUCGGGCUUGUGGUCGGGCCUGUGCCACGAGUACUUUGUCCGGCACGGGCAGCCGAACGUCUCCUUCGUCGGCAUCGACUUUGUCUCGUUCGCCCCGGACCUGCGCAAGCAGGGCAUGAACUGGACAUUCAAACGACAUGAUCUUCGCAAACCCCGCCUCCCUUUCCCGGACGACUACUUCGAUCUGGUUUUCAUCAAGGACGCCGGCAUGUGCCCGUCCAGCCCGGCGCAACAAGCGUCGGGGUUGAGGGAACCCCUCCGAGUCUUGAAAUCGGGAGGCACCUUGGAGGUAUGGGAUUCCGACUGGGUCUUCCGUUCGCUGCUGCCCAACCCGGCACCGGCCCGCAAGACUUCUUCGAAGGAACAGGAGAUUGCCGACCAAACCGCGACUUAUACUUUUUCCUCCGCCACCCCAUUCACACGUGCUCACAACAAGUUUCUGGUGGACUACAAUUCCUGGAUCGAGAAAUCAUUUGACUGUCGCAAACUCACGGCGGUGCCCUGUGCCACCAUCGGGCUCUCAUUCAAUUCGGAGAUCGAUCUAUUAGAGAAUAUCGACAGUCGCCGCAUCGCUAUCCCACUGGGGGAAUUACGAUGGGAGCGUGAAGGCCAAGGCAAAGAUUCCAAGGGCCGUGCCCGAAAAGCCUUGACGCCGGAGCAGUGCUCCAUUCGGCGGACUGCGCUUCUCACAGUGAUUCAAAUGAUUGAAGGGCUGGAGCCCAUGCUCAUAGAAGCUAGUGGGAAAGGGCGCGACGAAUGGGACCGGUGGUGGGCGGCCAUGAACACCGAUCUCUUCCAAAAAGGCGGCGUCGCCAGUGGCGAGUGUCUCGAAGUCAGUGCGUGGUGGGGGAAAAAGAAAUAA